AUGAAGAUCGUUCUUGUCAAUGGUGGAGUCAUCUCCGGUGUCGGCAAGGGCAUCAUUGCCAGCAGUGCCGGUCUUUUACUGAAGACUAUGGGCCUUCGCGUGACGGCUCUCAAGAUCGAUCCUUACCUCAACACAGACGCUGGGCUGCUCAACCCUCUAGAGCACGGAGAGUGCUUCGUCCUGGCCGAUGGUGGCGAAACCGAUCUCGAUCUCGGCAACUACGAGCGUUAUCUUGGCAUCCGUCUCAGCCGUGAAAGCAACAUGACUACUGGAAAGAUUUACGCCGAGGUUAUUGAGAAGGAACGCCGUGGCGACUACCUGGGAAAAACUGUCCAGGUUGUCCCCCACAUCACAAACGCCAUCCAAGAAGGAAUCGAGCGCGUUGCCAACACCCCUGUCGAUGACUCGGGCGAGGCUCCCGACGUGUGCAUUGUUGAACUCGGUGGCACUGUUGGUGAUCUCGAGUCCGGCCCUUUCACCGAGGCUCUUGUUCAGCUCAGACACAAGCUCGGCCGCCACAACUUUUUCAACAUUUCCGUUUCAUAUGUCCCCAUUAUCAACAGCGAAGAGAAGACAAAGCCUACCCAGCACGCCAUUAGACAAAUGCGCAGCGCCGGUCUGAUCCCUGAUAUGAUUGCCUGCCGCUGUGAACGAUCUCUCGACGACGCCACCAUCAAGAAGAUUGCCAGCAGCUGCCAAGUCGAAUACGAGCAAGUUAUUGGCGUUCGCGACAUGGAGACCAUCUACCAGGUUCCCCUGCUACUUCAAGAGCAGGGCCUUCAGCAGCUUCUGCAGGAUGGCCUCGCACUGGACAAGCUAACUGUGCCUCUGUCUCUGCUUCAGAAGGGCCAGGCCCUCUGGGACCUGUGGAAGAGGACUGUCACCCCCGAGCGCCACCUGCCGCGCAUCAACAUCGUUCUGGUCGGAAAGUACGUCUCCUUCGACGACGCCUAUCUGAGUGUCCACAAGGCCCUGGAGCACUCCACCAUGCGCUGCGACCGCAAGCUAAACCUCGUCUCGGUUGACUCUGAGCAUCUGGAGAAGGACAUGCAGCAGAAGGACCCUACAAAGUUCCACAAUGCCUGGAAGGCUAUUUGCGAAGCUGAGGGUAUCAUUGUGCCCGGUGGCUUUGGUUCUCGCGGUGUCGAUGGCAUGAUUGAGGCUACCAAGUACGCCCGCGAGCGCAAGAUUCCCUUCCUAGGCAUUUGCCUUGGCCUCCAGGUGGCUGUCAUGGAAUACGCUCGUCAUGUCAUGGGUAUCAGUGAUGCUAUUUCGGAAGAAAUGUCCCCUGAAGCAGACAACAAGGUCGUCAUUUUCAUGCCGGAAGGCUCCAAGGAGAAAAUGGGUGGUACCAUGAGAUUGGGAACCCGCACUUCUCACUUCAAGCCCGGGACGGAAUGGAGUAAGCUGCGCGCCAUGUAUGGCGGAGCCGAGGUUGUUGAGGAGCGCCACCGUCAUCGCUACGAGGUCAACCCCGAGUACAUUGAGAAGCUGGACGCUGCUGGCCUGAGCCUCACCUCUCUGGACGACAAGGGCGAGCGUGUCGAGACCAUCGAGAUCAAGGAUCACCCCUUCUUCGUCGGUCUGCAGGCUCAUCCCGAGCUCACCAGCAAGGUGCUCAGCCCUUCGCCUGCUCUCCUGGGCUUCGUGGCUGCCAGCUCGGGCUGCUUCGACACCGUGGUCAAGACCAUGACCCACAAGCAGGACGGCGCCAACGGAACCGGCGACGCCAGCCUCUUCUAA